GGACCGCCGUGGCGUGUGUACGUCUCACGUAGCCGUGCAAUAAAAUGGAUGAGUAAAAUUCGAUUGUCGCAAGAUGAUUACACUAUUUUCGUCGCACGAUCUCAAACGCUUAAGUGUAUUAUGAAUUAAUGGUGACAGUGGGGAAUUUCAUCGGAUGUUCGAGUGUGUGUCAGUGUUCUAUCUAAAAGAUUUUUUUUAAAUCGUGAUAAUAUUAAAUCGACGGAGACCGAAUACGAACAUCAAUACAUCAGCGCUACGACUGACGCUUGGAAGUUUGCGAUUUUAUCCAAGCAUCUACUUCGAAUAUCAGAAUAUAUCAUGGAAGGAUGCGAAGACUAGAUUGAAGAAGAUGAAAAAAUGAAGUUCUAUAGCUGAAAAUGUAUGUGAAAAGAAUAGUGGAAAUAACAUCCGAGACCGUUAAGAAGAAAAGGAUGGAGAACUUGACGAAUUACCAGAAUAUAAUAAAUCAAUAGAUGAUCUAGUUAGAAUGAUCAUUGAAGAUAAAUAUAUUGUACGGAGUGAGGUAGUUUUUGAUAAUGAAACUGAAGUGAACAAAGACAAGCGAGAAAGUUAAAGACUGCCCCUUAUGGAUCAAGUAAACGUUACCCGGAACGAGACCAGCAACGCGACGGGCGUGGAAGAUUCAGAAUGGACCCAAGCGGUUAUGUUCAAGCUGCGAACAGCCGUGCUGUUGCUCAUCGUGAUAAUGGCUGUGCUUGGAAACCUCCUCGUCAUCGUCAGUGUUAUGCGACACAGAAAACUUCGCGUCAUAACAAAUUACUUCGUUGUAUCUUUGGCGUUUGCUGAUAUUCUCGUCGCUAUGGUCGUAAUGCCUUUUAAUUUUAGCGUCCAGUUUUACAAUGAAUGGAUCUUUGGUCCUGUUAUCUGUGACCUUUGGAACUCUUCAGAUGUUUAUUUCACAUCGACUUCAAUUUUGCAUCUGUGUUGCAUAUCAGUGGACAGAUAUUACGCUAUAGUAAAACCUCUCAAAUAUCCCAUUAAGAUGACAAAAAAGAUGGCGUUUGUCAUGUUAGCAGCGACAUGGCUCAGUCCCAUAACAAUAUCCUACGCCCCAAUUUUCAUGGGCUGGUACACCACCAGCGAAUACAUGAGAACCAGGGAGUUAAAUCAAUGUGAAUUUAAAGUGAACAAACCAUACGCUGUCAUAUCCAGUUCAAUAUCUUUCUGGAUACCAUGCACUAUCAUGAUAUUCACCUAUCUCGCUAUCUUCAAAGAAGCAAAUCGCCAGGAGAAAGCUCUUCACGCGAGAGCUGGUAACGCAAUGCUCAUGCAUCGUCAUUCGAGGGAAGUUGGUGACAAAAACGGCGCAUUGCAUAUCAACGCCACGACUCCCACCAAAGACAGGAAUAUCCUGAAAAUGAAAAGAGAACACAAAGCAGCUAGGACUUUGGGUAUAAUUAUGGGCGCUUUCAUCCUCUGCUGGUUACCGUUCUUCUUGUUCUAUCUGUCGACGUCUUUGUGUGAUUCGUGUACAUAUCCAGAGGUUGUGACUGUGAUCAUGUUUUGGACUGGUUAUUUUAAUUCAGCCUUAAAUCCGAUCAUUUACGCGUAUUUCAACAGAGACUUUCGUAAUGCGUUCAAGAAUACAUUGGCAUGCGCGUUUUGUAGCUUCUGUCGGCGCGGUGCGUCUGACUCAGAUGCUUUGGAACGAUUGGAUAGACGGGGAUCCGCUCAGCUAAGAGUACCUAUCCCAUCAAGGAGGGCAUCAGAUCUCGCGUCCCUUUGAAUAUCGCCGAACUAUGAUCAAGUGACAGCCGUUUGACAGGCCUAGUGUUUCAACGAAAUAUGAUGUACAUAUUCCGAUUAAUGACUGAAUUUUGAACUUUAUAUCGAUUGUUGUAAAUAUCGAUUAAAUAAAUGUCUAUAAUAAAGUUAAUAGUGAAUUGACUAUCGUCUUGUAUUUAAUAUGCAUGAAUCUCAAAGAUUAUUUAUUUUUGAAAUAUAAUUUCAGUUGUGUUGGGUUUUCUAAUAUUUCUUAUAAUAGUUAGAAGGUAAUAUAUA